AUGGGCUUAGGUAAACUGGGGCUCUCUUUCUUUAGAUCAUUUGUGAUCCUCCUGCUUUUACAGAUUUCUUCUUCUGACUACCAGAUGGGGGAGCAUCUUUGUCACUUAAAAAGAGAUUAUAGUCCCACAUUUAGAAAGGAAGGGGACGUAGUCAUAGGGGGCUUCUUCUCCUUGUUUGUGAAGUCUGAGGCUCACAAGUCAUCCUUCACAUAUUCUCCUAACUGGAUUGGUGUACAUAAAACGUUCAUGCUCAAACAUUAUCAACAUUUUCUCACUUUGCAAUUUGCUGUGGAUGAGAUCAACAAGGAUCCUCAUUUGCUGCCCAACAUAACCUUGGGAUACGAGUUACUCAAUAACUUGCAUUCUAACAAACUAGCUGUGGAGAACUCCUUGAUGUAUUUGUCAGGAAGGGAUCUGACCAUCCCUAAUUAUAGCUGUGACAGGCAGCACAAGUCAGUGGCUGUCAUUGGAGGGAUGUCAUCUACACUGUCCAUGUCCAUGGCCACCAUACUAGGGCUCUAUAAGGUCCCACAGAUCACUUAUGGCCCAUUUGAUCCUCUCCUGGCUGAUAAAAUCCAGUAUCCAUAUGUCUAUCAGAUGGGCAGCAAGGAAUCUACUCUACACCUGGCAGUGGUCCAAUUGAUGCUACAUUUUGGCUGGACUUGGAUAGGGCUUAUUUUUUCAGAUAACCUGAGAGGGCAACAGUUCUUCUAUGAUCUUGAAGAGGCAAUGGUUAGGCAUAGUAUGUGUCUAGCUUUUAAGGAAAAAGUUCCUGAAAACUUUAACCAAGAAAAUGGAGAAGAUGUUAUAUUCUUUUCUAAAAUCAUUAAAUCAUCAUCAAAUGUGAUUUUUAUCUAUGGAAAUACAUACAGCCUUCUAGAAUUUUCUAUUUUGAUGACCCAAUAUAUACUGUAUGGGAAGAUGUUAGUCACUACUUUUUCCUGGGAUAUUUCUGCACAGAAUAAUAAUGAAAUUAUGAAUCAUUUACAUGGCACAAUAAUAUUUUCUCAAGCCAAGAGGGAGAUUCCUGGUUUUGCAGAUUUCCUAAGAAGUAUAAAUUCCACUGUAAACUCUGAGGACAUUUUCCUAAAGACUUUCUGGGAGGUAGUCUUUCAUUGUAGACUUUCUGAAGAAAGUCCUGCAAAAAUGGUGUAUUCUUUGUGCCCAGAAGGUUUGUCCUUGGCAGAUGUACCUACUCGUGAUUUGGACACAAUCAUAAUGACAUUGAGUUCUAAUAUUUAUAAUGAAGUGUACUUAUUGGCUAAUGCUAUCCACCAAAUGCUUCAGACGGAGAUAAAAAAGACAUUAGAAUUUGGAGUCCAUCCACUUCUUUCUUGGAAGCUCCACUACUAUCUGAAGUGUCUCAAUUCUGUCAAUGAUGCUAACAAUGAGGUAUGUGGGGAUGAAGCCAGGAUCGUGGCAGAGACAUAUGAUAUCCUAAAUUUUCAAUUUUUUUCUGGUCCUAUUGAGACACUGGUGAAAGUUGGAGAAGUCAGUCCUUAUAAUAAGGGAUUAAUUAUUAAUGAAGAAGACAUUUAUUGGCCAGAAGAUUUCCCUCAGACUCCAAAUUCCACAUGCAGUGUGAGCUGUGGCCCUGGUUUUAAGAAGAUACUUCGUGAAAACCAGCCCAUAUGCUGUUUUGACUGUAUUCUGUGCAUUGACAGGGAAAUUUCCAAUCAGACAGAUGCACAACAGUGUCUGCAAUGCCCUGAAGAUCAGUACCCAAGCAAGGAGAGAGAUAGAUGCCUCCCCAAGACAAUAACUUACCUGGCUUAUGAAGAACCUCUGGGAAUGACUCUGGCUUCUGCAACUCUCUGCUUCUUCCUACUCACUUCUCUAGUUCUUGGAGUUUUUGUGAAGCACAGAGACACCCCCAUAGUCAAAGCCAACAACCGCAGUCUCAGCUACACUAUUCUCAUUUCCCUUACCCUUUGUUUCCUCUGCCCCUUGCUCUUCAUUGGUCUUCCUACUCAAGCCACCUGCCUCCUGAGACAAAUCUCUUUUGCAGUAGUGUUCACUUUGGCCAUUGCCUCCAUCUUGGCCAAAACUCUAACUGUGGUUCUGGCCUUUAAGGCCACCAAGCCAGGGAGUGGGCUCAGGAAGUGGCUGGGCUCCACAACAUCUUAUUUUCUCAUUUGUAUCUGUACUCUUAUCCAGAUAUGUCUCUGUGGCAUCUGGCUUGGAACACAUGCCCCAUUCUUUGAGAUGGAUCUACACUCUGAGGCUUCCUUCAUUGUCAUUCAGUGUAAUGAGGGAUCCCUUUUUUUCUUCUAUUGUGUUCUAGGCUACAUGGGCUUCCUCGCCUUGGUUAGCUUUAUCAUGGCAUUUCUGGCAAGGAAUCUGCCAGACACUUUCAAUGAAGCCAAGUAUUUGACUUUCGCCAUGUUAGUUUUCUGCAGUGUCUGGAUUUCCUUCCUGCCUACAUAUCAGAGCACUAAGGGGAAGGCCAUGGUGGCCAUGGAGGUUUUAUCCAUAUUAAUCUCCAGUGCUGGGAUUCUCACUUGUAUCUUUGCUCCCAAAUGCUAUGUGAUCCUUCUGAGGUCAGACAGAAAUACUCUAGAGAUAUUGAAAAACAAAGCUAGUCUCUAA